GUGACGCGCGGUUGGUGGAGGCGGGCGCAGGGGGCGGGGCGGCCCGCGGGGCGCCGCAGGCAGAGCAGAGCCGCCGGAGCCGCUGCUGCCCCCCGCGCCCAGCAUGGUAAUGGCCGAGCCCCGGCGGCCCCCCCCGCUGCUGCCCCGCGGGCCCGGGCCCGUACGCGUCGGCUUCUACGACAUUGAGGGCACGCUGGGCAAGGGCAACUUCGCCGUGGUCAAGCUGGCGCGGCACCGCAUCACGCGCAGCGAGGUGGCAAUAAAAAUCAUUGACAAAUCUCAGCUGGAUGCUGUGAAUCUCGAGAAGAUCUACCGUGAGGUGCAGAUAAUGAAGAUGCUGGAUCACCCCCACAUCAUAAAGCUCUACCAGGUUAUGGAGACCAAAAGCAUGCUGUACCUUGUGACAGAAUUUGCCAAAAAUGGAGAAAUUUUUGAUUACCUCGCCAGCCAUGGCCGACUCAGUGAGUCCGAGGCCAGGCGCAAGUUCUGGCAGAUCCUCUCAGCGGUGGAGUAUUGUCACAACCGGAAGGUUGUGCACCGAGACCUGAAGGCUGAAAAUCUUCUGCUUGACAACAACAUGAACAUCAAAAUAGCAGAUUUUGGAUUUGGUAAUUUCUACAAGACUGGUGAGCCCCUGACGACAUGGUGUGGAAGCCCACCGUAUGCAGCCCCAGAGGUCUUUGAAGGACAGCAAUAUGAAGGACCCCAGCUUGAUAUCUGGAGCAUGGGUGUAGUUCUUUAUGUUUUGGUCUGUGGAGCAUUACCUUUUGAUGGGCCAACACUCCCCAUACUGAGGCAACGAGUUCUGGAAGGAAGGUUCAGGAUACCUUACUUUAUGUCAGAAGAGUGUGAGCAUCUGAUUAGAAGAAUGCUGGUCCUAGACCCAUCCAAACGGUUAACGAUUGCUCAGAUUAAGGAACACAAGUGGAUGCUGAUAGAAGUUCCUGCUCAGAGAUCCAUUCCUUAUGCCCCAAGACAGGAGAACCAGCCUUCCAUUGGAGAGUAUAACGAACAGGUUCUGCGGCUAAUGCACAGCCUUGGAAUAGACCAACAGAAGACUAUUGAGUCUCUGCAGAACAAGAGUUAUAACCACUUUGCUGCUAUCUAUUACUUGUUAGUGGAAAGACUCAAAUCUCAUCGAAGCAGCUUCCCUGUGGAGCAGAGACUUGAUGCUCGCCAGCGCCGCCCAAGCACCAUUGCUGAGCAGACAGUAGCCAAGGCACAAGCUGUGGUGCCAUCAGCAAACUUGCGCUCACAAAACACGAGGUUGUUACGGUCCCCAGGACUUCCCCCCACCUCGGGAGCAGAGGCCUUCUCAUUCCCUCCAUCCAGCUGCCAGACAGAGACGGCAUUCAUGGAAGAAGAAAGAGUCAACACACCGAAGGUAAAUGGCUGCCUACUAGAUCCUGUGCCUCCCAUGGUGAUUCGGAAGGGAUGCCAGUCACUGCCAACUAGCAUGAUGGAAACCUCAAUUGAUGAAGGAAUAGAGACGGAAGGCGAGGCAGAGGACGACCCUGCGCAGGCAUUUGCAGCCCUGCAGGCAGCUCGCAGUGGGAAGCGGCGUCACACCCUGGCUGAGGUCACCGACCAACUAGUGGUGGUGCCAGGCACAGGGAAGGUCUACUCUCUGGAUGAAAACUCCUCUCUGGGCAGCAGCAUAGAGUCAGAGUACGACAUGGGGUCAGUGCAGAGGAAUGUGGGCCUGCUGGGUGAUGCCCCACCACUGAAGGACAUGGUGCCCCUCGCAGCACCCUUCCUGGGGCUGCGGCCUGCCAACCCUGCCAUGCAGGCACUUGCCUCCCAGAAGCGUGAGGCCCACAACCGCUCCCCUGUCAGCUUCCGGGAGGGGCGCAGAGCAUCGGACACAUCCCUCACACAAGGAAUUGUAGCAUUCAGACAGCACCUCCAGAAUCUGGCACGAACCAAAGGGAUCCUGGAGCUGAACAAAGUCCAGCUGCUGUAUGAGCAGAUGGGAUCGGAAGAAGAACCCCUUUUGCCAUCAGCUGCCCCCCAGCUGCAGGACCUCGCUACCAGCCCUGCACAGGAGGAAACACCUCAGCAGCAGGAGGCUGCAGCCACUUUCCCUAGUGGUGCACAUACCCCAGUGUUAUCCCGACGGCAGAGCUUACAGACACAGUACUUGCAGCAGAGGCUCCAGAAACCCACCCUACUACCAAAAGCUCCAAAUACUUGCCAGCUGUACUGCAAAGAAUUGCCCUGGAGUCUGGAACAGCAGUUACAGGAGCACAGGCUGCAUCAGAAGCGACUCUUUCUCCAGAAGCAAUCCCAGCUGCAGGCCUAUUUUAACCAGAUGCAAAUAGCUGAGAGUUCAUACCCAAGGUCAAGUCAAAUGCCACUUUCGUGCCAGGAGGAGCAGCAGCCACCAGCAUCAGCGCAGCAGCAAUCAACCCAGUUCAGCCUACAGCAGGCUCUGAGCCCUGUCAUGGAGCCUUCCUCGGAACAAAUGCAAUACAACCUCUUCCUCACUCACUACCAGAAGGCACAACUGGAGCCACCGUCACCCUCCCCGAUCACCAGCUCAUCACGAUUGUCAUCACCAAUUCAGGUGCAGCAGCCACCACAGACCUUACAAUACUCCUAUCAGACUUGUGAAUUGCCUGCUGUCACCUCUUCUGAGCCAGACUACCCUGACCAGUGCCAGUAUUCCAUGGACCCAGCACAGCAGAGCAGUGUAGCAUUGCCUGACAGCCAGAGCAGCUUGGCAUCCCACGAGCCACAGUCAAACUACGAUGCACUGACCCUCUCAGAGCUGCCUGGACUCUUUGAUUGUGAGAUGAUGGAAACUGUAGAUCCCCAACACAGUGGCUAUGUCCUGGUGAAUUAAUACCAUGGGUGUCAACCAUGAGAGUGGAAACCAGGACGGAUGGAAAAGCAUGUGAAUUUAUGGUUUUGUUCCAGCUCUAAAGCUUUCGACCCUUAAAAUCAACAAGGGAACUAAAAAUCCACCUGACUGGAAAAAAGCAGGAGAUGGCUACAAGUAUGUGGCCACCAGCUCCUCUUGCUAGUGGCUGGGGCUAGACAGCAGACAGUUCAGCUUGGUCCCCUAAAGAACCAGUUUGUGUAGAAGGAGAGGAAAAAAAGUGAGUUUUUAAGAAAGGAAGUGGCCCCUUCCAAAAACUUUGAUAGUAUUGUCAGCAUUCAUCUAGCAUUUGCUAGGAGAAAGGAGAAUGAAUGCAUAUUGCAUUCUACUUCUUGGCAAUAAAAGCAAUAGUUUUCAUUGAAAUUCAGACUUGAUUUGGGUCUGAGCUGAUGGCAAGUAGCAUACUGAGCUGAAGCAGUAGCAUGAGGUGGAUCUAAAGGAAAGUUGCACUUUGGCAUCCAGUUGCUGGUUAAGCUACUGAUCUGGGACUGCUCCACGGUAAGUCUGAGAGAUCACCAGGCAUCUCAGGCAGCCUCUGCUUCCUCCUGCUAGCAAAUAAACAGUUAUUUCCCAAGCCUGCCAAGGAAUUCUUAAUUGUUCACUAAGGGAAGCUUCUGGAUCUUUGCUAAGUAAUGUGCUGACUCUGUCAAAAGAUACCUGGAACUGACAUAGGGCACCACAGUGAUUUGUAGAGAGCUCUGGGUGGGGCUGAGAAUACUGAAAGAUCAAGAAUUAGGUAGCAGAGAGAGAGGCUAAGAAGAAUGGUCAGAGAAGGAUCAAGAGCUGCAGCCAUUGGCAUCCAGAGAUCCACCUGGGUGGUGUUGGAAAUCAGCUCUUGCUGCAGACAGACCAUUGUGGAGAGCUCUGUCUUGGAGAAGUUCUGAUCACUGGAGAGGAUCUGUCUGACCUUCUGUGGCAUCAUAAAAAACAAGCAGACAAACUGUGUUUUGAAUUUGCAGUACACAUUGCUGGUGGUUUAUUGAGCUUUGUAUAUUUGGAAAAUUAUUUACAGUUUUAGAACUUAAAAACAAUGAGCUUAAAAAAGAAAAAACCCUGUGAAGUGAUAGUGCUGUGCCUUUUUUCAGUUCUUUAUCAGACUAUAUGCUUUUUUUCUGAAGAAAGUAGACAAUACCCCAUUUAUAUCCUUGCUACUGCCAAAGUCCCUUCAGAGUACAUGUUCCACCAUGUGGAACGUAAUGUUGAACUUGGUAGUGUUUUGAUUGUUUGUGUAUAUAUAAUAGUGAAAGUAUUACAGCAAUAUUUAGCAUCGAGAACUGUUCUGUACUGACUUUUUCAACAAAUAUGAAAUUCAACAAGCAGUUGCGUCCCCACAACUUUCAGUCAGGAGAUACUAGUCAUAGGAAGAUUGUUUAGGAAUCUGCAGAAAGUUUAGACCUCUAAUUUGGGGCUCAUCUCAGGUCUUUAAAUGUUGUGGGGUAUUGUCUAUCAUUCUCCUGUAGAUGAAGCUUGUAGCCAGACAGUUUCAUCGUUUUCUGAGCAAACUUUAAGCACAGUUGCAGAUUCAUUAAAGCACAAAGAAUGUUGGAGAAACUGCGCUGAUGGCAUGUGUAGAGAACACCACUGUUUACUGGAAAAUUUCUCUGGAAUUUAACUUAAACUUCAAAUUUAAUUUAAAGACUUUGACACUACAAGUAAAGAGAGUGUAGUCACCAAACUCAGUUUGGGUCUUCAGGAUAUGUAGUCACUUAAAAAAGGAUAGACAAAUGUUUUAGUGUUUUUACAUACUGUAGCAAAGCACUGGGUUGAAUAGAUAGCAGGAGGAAGAAAAUAAAAGAAAAAAAAGUACUUGUGAUCUGUUGAGUCUUCAGUGUGUGUCAUAUCACAGAGCCUACUGAGCUAGAAAAAGGAGUUCUCUAAGCUGCGCUCUUAUCUUUCACCAGAAAGGUGAAUAACCAGCCAGCAUUUACAGCAAUAAGAACACAUUUAAUUGUGGAACAGACUUCAGUCACUGCACUGUAGGCUUUGUGAAGGAGGGAAGGGUUUAACAAGUGACAGAAAGUACCUUGUUUCCUGUAUAUGCCAAUUAGAGAUAUCAUCACUGUCACUACAUAGCCUGCUCUGGUACUGAUCCAAUUGCGCAGCUGAAUUCAAUCCUAAGUGCUCAGCUUCUACCUCUGAUAUCAGAAUGAUUCUCAAGGCAUCAGCAGAGGAAAGUUUAAGGAACAGGGAUCACAUCCACACACUACUUACUUUUUUGAUACAAGAUAAAGAGAGCUGGAAAGCUGUUGUUUAAAUAGCUGAGAUAGACAUUUCUUUUUGAAGGGAAGUGGCACAAUUAAAGUUUUUUUCUGACAGUGUAAAUAGCUGCAGAACAUAGAAACCUCUAUGCCCCCCUGAAAUGACUGGCAAAAGGACAGGAAACAGAUGAAAAACACCCCAGCUUAACACAUGAGGCGUUUCACCAUUGCAGAAGAGAAAAGGAAGCAACAAAGUCCUUUCCUUUCAUUCCUUAUUUUCUAUCCUGCAAUUCUAAGAUCAGACUAGUGCUCAAGGAACUAUGCAGCCAAAACUGUUACCGAGACACACACAGCUGAGGCAACAGGCUCAGUUUUGCACCAGGAGCUGGGUUACUGCCAUGCCUAUAACCACUUCUCGCCCUGUUCAGCUCCAUGAUAACAUACAUUUUAGGACUCAAGGAUGGUAAGAAUAAUUCUGCUCAAGUUAUGUGAUUCAUUUAAUGUGCCAAUGAGUCUAAGCUCAUCUGAGCUUUGCAGUACUGCUAAGGGAAUGCUACAGCAUUUUCUGAAAAUAGUUUAGACUGUUUCCCUCAACCAACAUCCUACUUAACAUUUCAUGUAAUUUCCUCUAGCCAAUUAGAAUAAAAGGCUUCUAAUGCCUUUUAAUACAGCAGAGUAUCCACUGAGCACCACUUCAUAGUCAUGCUACUUCAAAGUGGUUCCUCUGUUCAAAUCUGUUACGUCUAACAUUAGAGGACAGUGUACACUACUGUUAGAGUGAUUAUUAGCUUUAUUAUCUUGUAUUAAAGGCUCCUUUGAAGAGACUUUGGUGUGAUGUAUAUGGGGUAAAAAUUUCAUAUGGAGAAAAGUGCAAUAUAUGUGUGCGUGUGGUACGUUCUUCAAUGUAUUUUUUUAAGGAGUUAGAGGGAUUAGUCUCUGCUUUGGGAUUAAAUGCACUAGUAGUGUGAGCUCCAGUUUGGUAAAUUCGUCUGUAGUAUUUACAUACAACUGAUAUGCUGGACUCUGUAAAGCAAUUACAGUGUAUUGAUACAAAAUAAAGAAUACGUACAUUUCAUUUUCAAAUAUGUA